AGGAUGGAAGGGGAGGUCACUUUAGAUUCAGUCUAUCAAGCUGUUCAAGCUUUGUACCACCAUCCAGACCCACAGGGUAAAGAGAGGGCCUCAGCCUGGCUGGGUGAAUUCCAACAAUCGAUGUUUUCAUGGCAGAUCUCUGACCAGCUGCUGCGGCUCCAGCGUGACAUCGAGUCAUGCUAUUUUGCUGCCCAAACAAUGAAGAUGAAAAUUCAGUAUUCGUUUUAUGAGCUACCCCCAGAGAUGCACUCCUCACUCCGCGAUUCUUUGCUCACGCACCUGGAGUGCCUGAAGGAUCUGUCCCAGGCCAUCGUCACACAGCUGGCUCUUGCUGUUGCAGACCUAGCCAUACAGAUGACAUCAUGGAAAAGCUGUGUCCAAACGCUAAUUGAGAAGUACGGCAAUGACGAGUCUGCACUCCCAUUCCUGCUGGAGAUUCUGACAGUGCUCCCAGAGGAGGUGCACAGCCCCUCGCUACGAAUCGGCACCAACCGAAGAACUGAGGUCAUUGAAGACUUGGCCUACAAUGCCAGCAUGGUAAUCGCCUUAUUGACAGCCUACGUGGAGCGCUGUAGUCAUGAUGAGAAGUUGGUAAUUAAAGUCUUCCGAUGCUUGAUGAGCUGGAUUAACCUGGGCAUCCUGCACAACGAUCACAUCGCUAACAGCCAGUUACUGGUGGCACUCUUCCAAGUACUUAGACACAACCAGACGUCCUCCAACCUGCACGAGGUUGCGAGUGACUGUGUAUGCGCAGCACUUUAUGCAGUCGAGGGCUUGCAGGAGAGUCUACAGCUGGCAUUACAGCUUCAAGAAGGGGUGACAGCACUGGAAGAAGCCUACCACACUGCAGUCGCCUGUGAGGACAUGGACAAGGCACUGAACUAUUGCCGGAUUUUCACUGAACUGGCAGAAACGCUGUUGGAGAUGGUUAUCCGUUCACCAGGACAGGGAUUGGGUGACCUCAAAACGCUGAAUCUCAUCUUAAACUGUGUUGGACAUGAGCAGUAUGAGGUGGCGGAAAUUACAUUCAACUUCUGGUAUCGGCUGGCCGAAACUCUGCACAGGAUGAAGGACCCCUCAGUGAACCAGAUCUUCCGGCCUUAUUUCCAGAGACUGACUCAGUCGCUCACCUUCCACUCCCAGAUGGACCCUGAUCACGAGGGAGUUCUGGACGAGACGGAUGAUUUUUACGAAUUCAGACUCCGGGUCUCCGAUCUUCUGAAAGAUAUUAUAUUCCUCAUUGGAGCUUCGGAGUUCUUCUCACAACUGUAUUCAACACUGAAAGAUGGCAGCCCAGCCUGGGAAGAGACUGAAGCUGUGCUUUUCAUCAUGACUGCAUUGGUGAAAAACUUAAACCCGGAAAAGGAACAAAGGCUGGGAAAUGUUGUUCAGGCAGUAAUCAGCCUCCCUGACAAUACUCAUCUAGCGGUACAACAUUCUGGAGUCCAGCUGUUGGGUGAGAUGGGCGAAUACAUCAACAGUGUGCGAUGUCUAGAGCUGGUGCUAAAUUUCCUAACCCAACGCUUGAAACAGAAGGAAUUAGCAAAUGCAGCUGCCAACUCGAUCCAGAACAUCUGUGCCAUGUGCAGCGACGCGAUGACACGGCACAUUGAUGGUCUGCUGCAGGUCGCCUCAUCCCUGGAUGCCCUCCCUAUUUCUUACGACUCCUCCAUCGGUAUUCUGCGAGGCAUCUCCUUGGUAUUGGCUCGGAUGCCAUCAGACAAAAUCGAAGAGACCUUCCACCGCCUUUGUUCCAUGCAGGUCACUGCUCUAAAGAAACUGCUGACAUCUGAGCAGACCAACGGCAUCUCAGCAGACCCAGCUAUAUGGUUGGAUAGACUGGCGGCAAUAUUCAGGCAUACAAAUGCAACAGUGGGAGAAGGGAGGCCCCACCCCUGCCAGAAAGUCAUCCAGGAGAUCUGGCCAGUGAUUUCUGAAACGCUGUAUAGGCACCAAGCAGAUAAUAGGAUGGCAGAGCGUUGCUGUCGGUGUCUGCGUUUUGCAAUCAGAUGUGUGGGUAAAGGAUCCGCUAUGUUGAUUCAGCCCCUGGUGUCUCAGAUGGUGAGUGUGUACCAGUCCCAUCAACACUCCUGCUUCUUGUACCUUGGCAGUAUUCUGGUGGAUGAGUAUGGCAGUGAGGAGAGUUGCACGCAAGGCCUGCUCGAGAUGAUGCAGGCAUUUUGUGGGCCAACAUUCCAGCUGCUAGAACAACCUAGAGGUUUUCAGAAUCAUCCUGACACUGUGGAUGACCUUUUUCGCUUGGCAACAAGAUUCAUUCAGCGAAGUCCAGUUGUUUUGAUCCAAAGUCCAGUGAUGUCCUUAAUCAUUCGAUGUGCAUUAACAGCAACAACACUGAACCACCGUGAUGCCAACUCUAGUGUGAUGAAGUUCCUACAGGAUCUGGUUCAUGUAGCAACAAUCAAUAAGCACAAAGAAGAUUUUGAGCUCCGGAAGAACCUGGUCCAUGGAUUUCUUGGAGAGAGCGGAGCACUGCUUGUGGCACAGCUUGUGCAGGCAUGCUGCUUCUACCUUGUACCGAGCAUGCUGGGCAACGUGGCUGAUGUCAUGUGGGAACUCCGCAUUUUUGACCGGAAGACAUUCUGUGGGUGGCUGGAAGAUGCUCUCAAAGCCCUCCCGAAGGAACUUUCGGCUGGAGCUAUUACAGCUACAGAGAAGCAGAUGACAGAGUUCCAUAAACAGGUCAUGUGCGCUGAAGAUGCUACAAUGAUAGGUUGGUCCCUGAUGGAAUUCUCUGGGUUCUACAGGUAACACCAUGAAGUCACCAAGGAGGUAUGAUUCGUACAAAGUCCUUCCUCUGGACCCAGAGACACUAUUAAAAGAGAGGAAUAAAUUGCUCAGCACUCAUUAAACAGGAGAGAAAGCGACAGAGGCUGGCUUCCACAAGCGAUUAUCCAGGUGGUUGCGGGUGGGUGGGGAAAUGGGACAGAUCUUAUCCAACUAUCAUAACUCCAGAAACAGAGAAUGUUGUUUUAUUUGUCUCAAUCAAGAUGAAUUCAUCAGAUAGAAUUGUCUGUUACAGUUGCACCUUGUUUCAGUACUGGCAUCAGAAAUGGCCACCAUCCAGGGUGGAGGUGGCUCAAAAGUUGUGACGGCUUUUGCUGCAUAUUACCAGGUCAGGCUGGAUUAUUCUGUCUAACUUGCGCAGUAUUCAUUCCAGGAAGCACCAGAGUUUAUUGAGUUAAUAUAAAAUGAUUGCUUUGUAAUAUUCACUGGUAAGGUGUUGAUUGUAUUUGAAAGGUGAAUGUUGUCAAUCUUCUCAUUCCCAUUGUCAGAAAGUGAAAUAACAGUUUCUCCAACUUGAACCUCCACCAUUUUGCAUCUCUUGCAUUAACAAGUAAUGGAUUCUCUAGGGGAUGCAAAGAUUUGAUGAUUAAGUCUGGGCUUUGGAGCUUCUGCAGCCACGUAUGGGCUGAUUAAAGGAGGUCUGGACCAAAGCAUGUACACAACUUAACUUUUCCCAGUUUAGGCAACGUCAUUAGCAGUUUGGUUCCGCUAGUAGCACUGACCUUAAAUCAGAAGGUUGUUGGUUCAAGUCCGAUCCUAGGUCUUGAAUGCAGAAUCCAGACUGAAUGCAGCGCUGAGGGAAUGUUGCCUUGUUUAGUGGGGUGUGUUUUCAGUUUAGGAAUAUCUCCAAUGGUGUCAUUAUUCCUAUCUCAAGCUUCUGCUCCUAAAAUAUGAACUAAUAAUUCAUCAUGUUUGACAUUUGUUGGACAUCUGUAAACCUGGCAGCAGCCCAGACUUCUUUGAGAACUGGGCAAGUGUAAAUUUGUUCCUUUAACCCAAGCCUCCCUUUGAAGCCAGAUACAAAUCUAUGAAUCUGGAAGGAUUUCUGCUAUAUAGAUUAAAGGUUGUCCAUACUGACCCUUCUCUUUUUCCCAAUUCCUCAACAUUAUUCUCCUGAAUUGUAAUUAUUUAAGAACUGUAUCUUUUAAGAUUCUGUUGCUAUCUGUCACAAACAUGCAACAGCCACUGUUUGCAUUGUAAACAAGCACCUUUUGAGUGUAUUUCUUUAAAGAAACUCAAGGCCACCUGCUUAUUCCAGUGACAGUUUGUGGGAUAGUUAACUCGGGCAAGUUUGCGUGGGAUGCAUCAGCUAAAAUAAUAGCCAUGGUGACAGCCAGCAAUAUGUACGUGAAUGGUGAGGAGGCUAAAGAUAAACGAGCACUGCCUUCAGAUGAUUGCCAGGAAAGGAUAUUUUUAUAGAUCUGUGGUGCAGGUUUAUUGUUCUAUUUCUUAAGAGCAAGAAUAGGCCACUUGGCCCUUUGAGCCUGCACCACCAUUUGAUAAUAUCAUAACCGAUCUAGUUGUGGUCCCCCUUCCAUUUUCCUGUCAUCACUCCAUACUUUGUGUAGCAAAGAUCUGAAUAAAUUUAAAAUCCCAGCCUCCUCUAUCGUCUGGGGAAGACGAUUCCAAACCAUUACAACCAUGUUCCCUCUUAUUUUCCCAGUCACUUCACAGACCCGUGAAGUACGUGCACAGCAACAACUUUCAGAACCAGAACCUAUUGGCAUGCAUGGACCCUCCAAGCGACUCAGAGGGAGUGUUGCUAAGGCCCCUCAGUCUUAAAAGGGAGACCUGUUAUUCUUUUUGAGAUCUGAGUUUUUGUCCUGUUUCUGUACAGCUGAUUUUCCAUGUCAAUCCUGCCUUGGUGAUGCCUGCAUAGUACCCCAGGUGCGACCUGAAUUUAUUUUAGACCCUGUCGACGAAUCCAAAUUUUGUUGGAUGACCAAAAGGUCCACACUGGGGUCACAGCAGAAAAAGCAGUGGUCAUCUGUUGUCCACAUGAGCACCAGUAGCAGCAAAUUGCAAUGACCUCUGCUGGAGGGCUCUACUCAUUACCCAAUAAUGAAUGUUGGAUGCUGAUUGAGAUCCUCCUCUUGACUGAGAUUGAGCUGUGUGCCAGGUUGUUUGGUGAACCUGUUGGAAAGUCACGCUUGUUCUGGGGCAAAGUGGAGAGAUGCAUAGAUUGGGAGGCCUUUGCGCUAUGACUGGGCACAUCAACAGUGACAUUUCUGUUACUGAUUCCUGUCGCCAAUGGCCAGUGGUGAGCUAAAUUCCUUGGGUGCCAUUUGCUGAACCCAGCAGUCUUUGGCGGGGGAAGAGUCAAAAGCAGCACAAACUAGUGAUGGGUUUUUAAAGCUUUUUUUUAAUAACAGGCUUAAACAAUUCAGAACAACUUCUAUUUUUUCAGUUUUGCAGCAGUUUAAAAGCAGAUGUUAAAUGCAAAUGGCUUGUCCUCUGUGUACUGUGCAGUCCUUUCAAAUGUGAGUUAAUUUAACACUCGUGUUGUCUGUCCGAUUUAUGUGAAAUAUUUUGUCCGUGUUUAGUGGUGGUAUUAAUAUGUGCCAGUGUACAGAUUUUUUUUAUAUUAAACUUUGGAACAAAA